UGGUGGAAAGUGACGUUGUUGUGAGCGAGCCACGGCGAACGUCGCUUCCUUGGUGUUUACUUGACAAGGUAACCGCAACAAAAAAAAACAGAAAGUCAACCCUCCUUCCUGUGUGCUGCUGCUUCACCAACCCGGUUUGGGCGGGUGGGGGUUCCUGCAAGAAGUACUUUGCACGUAGAUGCUCGUUUCCUGUCCCAGAAGCCCAACCUGCUCCGCUGUCUUCGAACCCCUCUCACUUCCAAAGUGCGAUGUUCAUCCUGCCCGCGUGUCCCAUCUCGCAACCGAUGGCAUCGCCGAGGGACGUGCGGGACUGGUGCCGCGCCGCAUGCGCCACUUACCCCAACGUGGAAAUCAAGAACAUGUCGACGUCAUUCAGAGAUGGGCUUGCAUUUUGCGCCAUCAUCCACAGACACCGACCUGACCUGAUAGAUUUCAGCUCCCUCUGCAAGGAUAAUGUUUAUCAAAAUAACAAGAUGGCAUUUGAGAUUGCCGAGAGGAGGCUGGGGAUCCCCGCGCUGCUGGACCCCGGGGCCAUGGUAUCCACCAAGGAGCCCGAUUGUCUCAGCGUCAUCACCUACCUGUCCCGGUUCUACUGCUUCUUCAACAGGAAGUCUCAGGCCGGUCGGGCCGGUGCGAGGUCAUCACACGCAAAGAGUAAAACCUCCGAUGCUCUGAAACGCCUCAUGAGCCAGACUGAUCUGGAAACCAGUAGAGAGGUUCGAUUAUCCAACACGAGGCCGGGGACCGUGUGCCAUGUCUGUUUCAAGCCUGUCCACCUCAUACAGAGGCAUUUGACCGACGGGAAGGUCUUCCAUCGCAGCUGUUUCAGGUGCAGCGCGUGCCGUAGCGCUCUCCUCCCCGAGGGAAGUGGCGCCGGCUCGUCGAGCUGCACUCACCACGUGACCACUGACGGUCGGCCCAACUGUACGUUUCAGGCAGGUUAUUUCUCUCUGGCAGGAUUGGCCAUCUCCAGAGUCCCCGACUACAAAGAGACACAGGACGCUUGUAAGAAGACAGAGGAGAGAGAAAGCAAGGAGAGGAGCGGAGAGCUGAAAGACAGAGACUCAGCUCAUCACAUCUUGAAGCCGCCGUCUCCUCGUCUUCCUCCGUCCAGAGUUAAAGACGGGACCGUCAAAAGAGCUGAACCUGUGUCCGCUCCCGCAGAAGGUAAGAUACAGCGGGAGGGGACAGAGACUCGUGGGACCUCUGAGCUUUCUUCGCCGUGUGCACGAGUGACAGAAGGAAGCUGUCGGCCGGUUGCAGCACCCAGGAGAAUGUUGGACUCUUCUGGAGUCCCGGUUCCUGCACCGAGGACCAGAGCGGCCCAGCCCGAGGUCAGCUCCCCCUCUGCAGGACAUUCAUCCAAUAAACAGAUAUGUUCAUCCAGAUCAUCUCUUAACACCAACCCAACGACAGGUAGCCCUAAAGUGCGAACCAACCAUCCGUGGAUGAAUAUCAUCCACCCCGGACCCUGGACACAACUGCCUCCCGCUCCUCCCCCGGUACCUGCUCCUCGAUCCAAAUCCGUCUCCAGCGCGCGGAGGUCCUGGAACAGGCCCAGGGAGCCUGCUCCCAAUCCAUUUGGGGAAGAGGAGGACAGCCAGAAAGACGGCACGAGACCUGAGCCUGCCGACCAAACAGAGCCCUCAAUUGAUGCUAUUAAAUCAACACCUGAUGAUGAUGAUGAUGUGGGGACUUCAAGCGAAGGAACUAAAACAACCAGAAACACAAAGGGUUUCCCUGUGGAUGUGACCGAAGCUGCAGAACAAACACAAAGUCCCGUUUUACCCAAGAGUCUGUCUGUGCCGGCUAUCGCACCGGCCCGCCCUCAAAGCUCCCUUUUGCAUUCUGACUCGAAGGAGUCCGACCAGGUUGCGUCAACUCAAAGAAAGCUGGGGUGCAAAGAGAACCCUUUUGAUCGAUGCGAUGCGAUGCCCAAAUCAAAGACAGUUCAGGCCCUCUCCUCUACACGGGCCCCCGCCCCCGGACACGGAUUCCCGCUCAUCAAGAGGAAGGUGCAGUCUGACCAGAAUGUGUCCACCAAAGACCUGCAGGCGCAGAUGAGAGAGCUGGAGAAACAUCUGGAGGCAUUGGAACAUAGAGGAGUUGAACUGGAGAGGAAUCUGAGAGGCUGCAAGGACGAUGAAGAAGAGGAACAAAUGCUGAUGGCCUGGUUCUCUCUGGUCCACGAGAGACACGUUCUGAUGUGCAGAGACACAGAGCUGGUUCACCUGACAAAGCAGCAGCAGCUGGAGGAGAAACAGGCAGAUGUGGAGUAUGAGCUCAGAUGUGUGCUAAAUAAACCCGUGAGCGACCGGAGUCCGGAGGACUGCGCUCGAGAGCAGCAGCUGAUGGACGAGCUGGUCGCCAUCAUCGAACGGAGGAACCAGAUCGUCAGCAGCUUGGAUCAGGAGAGGCAGAGGGAAAGAGAAGAAGAUAUGCUUUUGGAAGACAUGAUGAAAAACAAAGAGAUUCAGAAAGAAGAACUUAAAGAGCUGAAAAAGUCAAAAGUCAAAUUCAAGCCUGCAAAAAUGUUCAAGAUGUUGAACCAUAAAGCUGAGAGCAAGAAAGACUCUGUGGACAAAAAGAGCUGAAGUACUAACCUGAUUGCAGAAAACAAACUUGUACUUUGAGAUAAUAAAGAUGAUGUGAGUAGGAUCUGAUCUCAAUGCAUGUAAUAUUAAGUCUCCCUAGUGAAGUUCAAUAUUCUCAGUAAAUGUUUUGGUGUUGCCAAUGUACAUUUUAUCUUCCAUGUGGUUUUGCUCACUGUUCUCACAAUAUUUAUUUUAUGUUACAUACUUUUUUUAAAGGAAUUUUAUGAAAUGGAUAUGGAUUUUGGAAAUAAAUAUUUCCAAGAGGCCAACUUCUUUUAUGUUUAUUUUUAAUUUCCCUUUAUGAUUUGUGUAAAAAGCAAAACAAGGCUUCUGUUCUAACAUAAACAUGAAGUAAAGACUGACAUACUCCCAAUACGUAAGAACUCA